UUAGCCAAUUUAUUACCAUCUAUUUUUCAUUUUUUUGCUAUAUCGAAGAAAAAUGGGUCUGAAAGGCAAGUUGAUUGGUUCGAUAGAGGUUAAGUGUGGAGGACACUUAAUUCAUGAUAUUUUGCACGCCAAUCCUCGAAAUGUACCCAACAUAACCAAGAUUAAUCAUUUUGAGAUGGAUCAUGAAGGUGAAAGCAUAAAGAUUGGCUCGAUAAUUAGUUGGACAUAUAAUGACGACGGAUCCGAAAAAGAUAAAAUUGUUAAGGAAGUGAUUGAGGCAAUUGAUCCUGAGGAGAAAUCGAUCACUUGGAAGGUAAUUGGAGGAGAUCUGCUAGAGUUGUAUGAUUCUCUUACUAUUAUCACAGCAUGUGAACAUGAGUGGACUACAUGUUCAUUUAUAUAUGAGAAAAAAACUGAAGACACCCCAGAACCUCUUGUUCCAUUUGGUUUCCUCCUUAAUUUGAUCAAGGAAAUGGAGGGUCAUCUUCUCAAAUAAUACAAGAUCAAUCUGGUAUCUGAUAAUUCUUAUCGUUACGUAUUUGUGUAUGUCUACGUGUACACGCGUGUGGAUUUAUGAAUAUAUAUAUAUAUAUAUGUGUGUGUGUGUGUGUGUGUUACAAAUAUAUACUAUAUUUUGUAAUGUUGGCUAAUUCUAGCUAGCGUGUCAAAAUUAGUAAUGUUGUGUUAAAAAUAAAGAAUAUAUCAGAUGUAUUGUACGAUAUAUUAUGUAUCUUUUCGAGUAUGAAAUGAACUAUAAUAGCAUAUGCAGAUUGUAUUUGUAAA